AUGCAUUAUAUUCAACGCGUUGGUCAAUAUAUAACCAAUUUGAAUUUAUUUGAAGAUGGUACUAAUGAUGAACAUAUAAAACGAAAUCAAAUUCUUUCUACUCGUUUCUAUAUUAUUAUAUUCAUUAUAAUCUUAUUUAUAUUUACUUUAUUUACAACAUUAACAUCGGAAACGACUAUUGUAACAAUUUCAAAUCCAACUUAUGAUAAAUAUGAAGAUUUAUACAUAAAAUAUUCGAAUACAUUAAAAUGUUCAUGUCAAGAAAUUUCUAUUUCUUAUAAUAAAUUUAUUAAUAUUGAAUUAGAAUAUCAUGAAAUUUGUUCAUCCGAUUUUAUUAGUCAACGUUGGAUUGAUUUUUUAUUUUAUGAAAAUAUAAGUUAUUUUUAUGAACUUGAUUUUCGUCGUAGUGCUUUUAUACAAUUUCAAGCUUUAAGAACUUUAUGUCAACAAGCACAAUUAACAAUUAAUGAUAGUUUAAUACAAUUUUAUUUAUUAGAAUAUAUAACUCCUCAAUUAGUUUCAUUAAAUACAUUUACAGUUCAAAUUGAAUCUUUUAUUCAAAUAUUUCAAAGAACAGCACCAUCAUUCUUUCAAAAUUUUAUUCAAUUAUUCCGACAUAUGACAAAUAACAAUCAAUUAUUUUCUGCAAUUGAUAAUCUUUUUUUUCUUCAAAUUGCUGCAUCUGGUGAUAUAAUCGACUAUGUAACGAUGAAUAGUAUUUAUUAUCAAGAAACAAAAGCAAAAGGAUACCAUUUCGAUUGUAGCAAUAAUACUGGAGUAGUAAAUCAAAUCCAAGUAGGUAUUUUUGUUGAUAUUAUUCAAUAUGAAUAUCCAGGAUCAUGGUGGGUUGAUAGAAUACCAAUAAAUAGAAGUUCAACACCUAAUAUAACAGUUAGUUUACCUGGUAUAUAUAUGGGUUGUAAUCCAAUUGAAUCAUUACUUUUAACAACAACAGAAUGUUUUUUUCAAGAAAUUUGUUUAAAUACAAUUAUUUCUUAUGUUAAUUAUUCAACAACAACAACAAUAGAAAAUAAUCCUUUUAAAAUACUUAAUAAUACAUCAAAUUAUUCCCCACAAACAACUAUUGAAACAUUAGUUUAUGAAUUAUUUAUUGAAAAAUGGAUUAUUAAUAAAUCUUUUAUUCAAUAUUUUAAUCAAUGUCAACCAUCAUAUUGUGAAUAUAUAACUGAAGAGAAACAUAAUAUUCUUUAUAUUUUAACCAAUAUUAUUAGUUUAUAUGGUGGAUUAACAAUUGUUUUACGUAUACUUAUUCCAUCGAUUAUUAAAUUUUAUCGUAAGAAAAAACAACAACAACAAGAAAUUCAUAGUAUUGAUUCAUCAAUACCAAACGUAUCAAUAAAAACUCGUUUAUAUUAUUUAUAUCAACAUAUAAUAAAUUUUAUUCGAAAUUUUAAUAUAUUUACCAAAAAUAAUUUGACAGAUUCUCAUACACGAAAAAAUGAAUUAAUAUCAACUCGAAUAUUUAUUAUUGUAUUUAUUAUAUGUUUAUUAACAUUUACUCUUUAUACUUUUUUACAAAUACAAACAAAAACCAUAAUAAUUAAUAAUCCAACACAAGUUCAAUUUGAACAAUUAAAUAAUAUUUCAGCUAAUAAUUUACAAUGUCCAUGUCGUCAAUUAUCAAUUUCCUAUGAGAAAUUUAUUAUAAUUCAACCUACAUAUCAUCAAAUAUGUUCAAGUAGUUUUGUUUCAAAUUUAUGGUUUCUAAACGAUUUUUGGACACCAACUCAUGAUUAUGCUGCUCGUGAUUUUCGACAUAUGGCACCUUAUUAUUAUAUUAUUUUACUUAAACUCUGCCAAUAUGUGAAUACAACAAUUGAAAAUAGAUUAACACAAUUUUAUGUUAAUGAAUAUGUUACACCACAGGUAAUUGAUAUUAAUAUAUUUUAUAAUGAAAUAAAUGCAUUAAUUGAAUUAUUUCAAACAACAACACAACAAUCUCAUAAACAAUCAUUAGAUAUAAUUUAUGGUAUGACUUUUAGUAAUCAAUUCAUUUCUGCAAAGAUUACAAAUGUUGCUUAUACGAUUUAUAAUGAUGGAAUAAAAGAAGUAGCUCAUCCAUUUCUAUUAGAUUAUGAUAAUUGUACAUGUGUUACUGAUCGUAAUUGUAAUGGAAAACUUGGUUUCUUUAUAACAGAUGAUAUUCAAGAUCAAGAUGUUGUUUCAGGUAUGUAUAUAAGUUGUUAUUUUUUUGAUUCAUUAUUAUUAAGUACAAUCGAAUGUUUUUAUGAUGAUCAAUGUAUUAAACGUAUUAAAUCUUAUAUGUAUCCAUAUUCAAGUAUUUAUAAUAUAUUAAUACCAUUAAACACAUCCAUACCAAGUCGAUAUUCAAAUAAGACAUCAUUUAAAACAAUUGUAGACAAUUUAUUUAUUGAAGAUUGGAAUGUUUUAUAUUUUUAUGAAAAAUAUUAUAGUCAAUGUCAACCAUUAUAUUGUUCAUAUGUUGUUGAACAACAUCCUGAUAUUAUUUUUAUAUUAACAAGAGUAAUAGGUAUAUGUGGAGGUUUAAUUGUUAUCUUGAAAUUUCUAAUAAAAUUUCUUGUGAAUAUUUUUCGAAGAAAAACUAUUGAUCGAACAUCUUCAAGUAUGAAAAUAUAUUUUUCUUUAGUACUUAAUAUGUUUUUUGUUGUUUCAGCUGAAUCUGAUACAAUCUUUAAGAGAAUUAAAAAAAAACUUAUUAAUUUGAAUUUAUUUGAUAAUAAUUCUUCAAAUAUUCGAAUACAACAAAUAACAACAAGAAUUUACAUCACUUUUUUAUUAACAAUUCUUAUUAUUCUUAUUGCGUAUACAUCAUCAAAAAAUGUUCUUAUUAAUUCAACUGUUACAUUAACAUCUCAAAAUCAAUAUGAAAAUUUACAAAUAUUAUAUCCGAAUACUCUUAAUUGUCCAUGUAAUGAAAUAUCUAUUAAUUAUCAAGAAUUUGUUUAUAUGAAACCAACAUAUAAUCAAAUUUGUUCAUCAGAUUUUGUUAAUGAACAAUGGAUUAAUUAUUUAUAUAAUUUAUCUGCAAUAAAUGAAAAUACCUAUCGUUCAACAGCAGCAGCUCAAUUUUUAACUUUAUCGUCAUUAUGUCAAUUAACUCAACAAGCUGUUAAUAGUAGUUUAACACAAUUUUAUGCAACAAAAUUUACUAAUAUUCAAUUGAUUUCUUCUGAAUUAUUUGAAACUCAAGUUGAUUCAUUUAUUAAAUCAUUUCAAACAUCAACACCACAUAUAUUUAAAAGAACAUUAGAUAUUGUUCGUGGAUUAAUUCAAGGUAAUGCAUUAAUGACAGCUUAUGAAUCGAAUUGGAAAUUUACUGUAUUAGCUACAAGUGAUGCUUCACCUGUAUAUACAAAUCCACAAACAUACGGUAAUUUUUGUAGUUGUGCAACAUCAUCUGAAUGUACACAACCAGCAAUAGUUACCGAUAAUUAUCCUUUCGGGUUACCUGGAUUGUUAAUUGGUUGUUAUCCACUUGAAACUAUUUUACAAUCUACAUUAGAAUGUUUAUAUAAUGAAACAUGUUUAAAUUCUAUUCGAUAUUUUAUUGAUGAAAAUAUAUCAGAUAUUAAUUUUACAAUACUUAAUCCAUUUUUAUCAUCAACUAAUUUCUAUGGAAUUAAUGAUACUAUACAAGAAAUGGUUGAUAGAUUAUUUAUUGACAAUUGGUAUAUUAAUAAAUCAUAUAAAAAUUAUUUUCAAAAAUGUCAUUCUUUACAAUGUAAAUAUUCUUAUAUUCAAACAUUUAAUAUUAUUUAUAUUUUAUUAACUAUAAUAUCUUUAUAUGAAGGUUUAUCACGUUCAUUAAAAAUUAUUUUACCACCUUCUAUUUAUAUUAUUCUUUGGGCUUUUUAUCGAAGAAAAACACGUAUAACACCAUUUAUAGAAUCUAAUAAUGCAACUCUCGAAUAA